AUGUGCCGGGGACGCCCGAGUGUGACCGUAUCGUCCCCGUCCCCCCCAGCCCCGGGACGCCGCCGGCCCUUGCCCCCCUCCUCUCCCCCCGGCCCCCGCCGCGGCUGCCCCACGGCGCGGGAGAAGCGGGCGGCCGGGAGGGAGGCAGGCAGGGAGAGAGGGAGGGCAGGGCGGCGGCGUCAGGGCCAGCGGGGAGAGGGAGGAGGUGAAACCGGCACGCAGCAGGAGCCCUCUCGACACGCGCGCCGCCGAACUCCCAGAAAAGUUGGCAGCGGCGUCCGGCGGGACGGGGCUCCUCUGGCCGCCGCCCUAGGGCGCGCAGCGCCGCCCGGCCGGGGCCCGCUGCCUCCCCAGCCCCUUCGCACCCUGUCACCGCCCUUCUCCCGACACCUGCCAUCUCCCACGGGUGCCGCGGGGCAGGGACUGCCCGGCACGGGGCGCUGCCAGCGGCGGGGCUCGAACCCGUGGCCCCCGCUGUUUCUCCCCACCGCAGGGGAGGCGGCUGAGCCUCCCGGUGCCCCUGAGCGCGGGACUCGAGCGGCGGGCGGCACUCACCGACCGGCCGCGGCUCCUUCUCCCUGUCCGGGCGGCUCCCGCUGA